AUGGCUACAAGGCUCCACUUUUUCACCCUUGUUGUUGUACUUCUCAUCACGUUAAUCUUCAUCGGAGUAGUUCCUCAAACCAAUGCUGCGAGGGUUUCUAAAUAUAUGAUCAAAGAUUUUGAAAAAGAAAAUCGCAACGUUUCCAACGCUGUGCCCGAUGGGUCAAUAAAGAGGACACGUCCGGAGCCACGAUCGCUGGAAGAAAAGGAUAUCAAGAACCCUAGGCCUGGCUCACGUCCACAGAGACCGCUACAUAGGGGAAUUAAAAACUCUGUUCGAAGUAGUCCAAAAACCGAAGGUGGUCCUGAAGACAUGAGAGCUAACCCUAACCCAAGGGUAAUGGGACAUGGUACAUACAGGGUCUGGAGGUCCCAACCAAGUGGAAUGGGGGAAGAAGAAAAUAUGGAAGGCAGGGAAGUCAUUAUUCCAAAAUCGCAACGUCGUCAUCCAUAG